CCGAGUUCACAGGGGCAGCACACAGCAACGAAACUGUUUACAAAUGGAGGAUUUCGCCAUACAGCUCGCACUUGCUGAAAGCUGACAACAAACAAAAGGACAGAAAGGUCGUUGCGUGGUUCGAUGUGAUAAAACAGUGUUAAUAUCUGACAUAAAACUAAAUCAAAAUGAAGCCUUUAUUUUCAGUUGUUUUAGUGUUAUUUAUGAUUUUCGGUGCUGAUUGUGAUCAAGCAACCGAAAGAGACUCAUAUGCAGUGGAAAUUAUCUUCUACAGACUUACAACUGCUACGUGGACAGCACAGAGCAUGGAGACAACAUUUGCCGGGACAGUAGCCGCUGCAGCUAACACUUACUGUGAAGCAAACGUUGCAACAUGUGGGUUAACAUCGUGCUGCACCUCUGUUUCUAUCAGCUUUAAGGAAACAGAGGUUGGGAAGGUCAGUGGUUACCCCCAGAAAGACCUGAAAAAUCUGAAACACAAAUUUUACCUUGAUUUCCCUACUGGUUUUACUGCUUCAAAUUCAUCUAUAACACAGUAUGUUGUGGUGAAUUCAGCUGUGUAUGAAAUCCUCCGUGUGGCACGGGAAACUUUCCACACCCAGACUGGUUACUGGAUCACAUGGGCAGAUGAAACAUACUAUGGUAUCCCAGCAACCACUACAGAGAACCAAAUCAUCAUUCCUAUAGCAGUUGUUGUUUUGUUAGCUGUCAUCUUUUUAGCAAUUGGUCUUCAUUUCUGGAAUAAAAAGAAACAAAACCAGAAACGCCUGAGAAAGAAGAUUGAUGACAGGAAAGCCAUGAAGAAAAACCAAGCCAUGGUACAGCCUACUUACCGAGUUGACCCGGAAAUUAAAGACAUUGAUGAUGAUCACAUAGAGAAGACCCAAAAAGAUGCCUCCAAAAAACCUAGGAAAGAAAAGAUGUACUCUGACAACUACCCAGUAAAACAAACAGAGGAGACGGACAGAAAGCACUUUGGUGGCGCUAGUGACAAUGACUCCGCCAUUAAGAUGGACCACGAACCCGACUUUAUGGACUCCCAGACAAACAACAAGAACCUACCUCCUCUCGACGUACAGGAAGAUGGCGAGAAAAAGAAGAAGAAAAAGAAGAAGGACAAAAAGAAGAAGCAGCAGGGAGAUGGUUACGACAAUCAAUCUGCCAAUCUUUCCACAGAACUCUGAACUGAUUGAGAUCUCCUCCUCUCCUACAUUAGUUUACUCACAACUCUGGGGGCAUUUACUUUUAUACUCACGUAUCAUAUGUUGCAAUUCAAAAGUAAGCAUAAUGAUAUCACUAAAUUGUUAUUUUCAUUUCUUAUGAGUGUUAUUGUUUUCAUUUUGUAAAUUGGUGAGGAAAAGGUAUAGCCACAUCCUUUGCCACAAUAGCAUCUUAUGUUGAAAAGAUUUAUUGAAAUGUAAUUUGACAGUUGUUGAGAAUCAUGUUCAUUUUUUAACGUGACCUACAGGAAUUCAAAAUUUUAAAAGAAAAG